AUGAAUGGCUCGAACCCGCAAGAUGUCCUAAAAUCCAAUCUCAAGAAUGGCCUAAAACCUUCUGUUAAUGCAAAUCCUUCGGGAUAUGCAACACCCAAUUAUGUAUUUCCGAUGAACACCAACAACAGUAACUCCCCUGGAAGCUCUCACUCUUCCAAUUCUCCAUAUCCCUCACUGAUGAAUAACAGUCUGACUGAUUUCCUUAGUAAUCUUAAUAAUAUGGUGAUACCCAAUAUUAAUGGAGACUCUGCUCCUCUACAUCUCGAUGGGAUAAACAUGAAUACACAAAAUAAUCUAUAUGAGCCUCUGCUCCCGAUUUUGUCUGCAAAUCAUGAAUCAGGUAAAAGAUUUGAAGAAAAGGAGCCUCUCAGUUUGGACUCUCUAGAGUUGCCGGAAAUUGCUAUGACACAACAACAGAGCGGCGAGGUCUUUGUUGAAAGCAACAAUGUGUUGAAGCGCAAUAAUUCCGGAAGCAUUAGUGGUGGACAAAAACCUAUCAAGAAAUCGAGAUUUAAACCGUGUGAUGGAUGUCGAAAGAGGAAAACUAAAUGUGUAAUUCCUGAAAAUAAAAGAAGUUGUGUUGAAUGUACCAAGAGAAACCAGCCAUGUGAGUAUGACAGCAAAAAGAUUUUUUUAUUCAACAACAUAAAUCUGCUUUCGGGAACUCACAAAUUGAUGAAGGCCGAUAGUAAAUUGCCAUCACAAUUAACCAUUGAAAAAGAUGUGAAAAAGAAUACUUCUGGUGGGAAAUCUCAUAGAGCUAAACCUUGUGAGGCUUGCAAGAAGAAGAGAUCAAAAUGUAUCAGGCUGGCAAAUAGUUCCUCGUGUGUCGAAUGCGAAAAGAGAAAUACAAUUUGCACAUACCCUCUGAGUUUAAUUAAUUCAUUCCCUGUGAUUGGAAAAGUUAGCUUACUCACAAACAAUAAUGAAACUGCUAUUGAAAAGCCGGUGAAAGACUAUAGUUUGCUCCGUGAACCAACAGUCAUGUCGAGUUCUUUAUCUUUAUUAAGCUCUAAAUCUGCCACAAUUAUAGGUGAAUGCUCUAUUGUGGAUAAAAAAUUAUUGGAUUUCAAAACAGAAGACUCUAAUACGAUAAGUCUCAUCAAGAGCCCGAUCUCUGAAGUGGAAGACGACAACACAAUCAUUAGAAAAUUAAAUGAGAAAACAUUUUUUCAAAUCGCUGAUGAUGUGGAUGAAUUCACCAACUUGAAGUACUUGCAAUGUGAUGAGAUUGAAGAGCUUGUUGGGAAGAACAGUAACUAUUUACUAAAUAUUUACUUUAAGCUCGUACAUCCCACUUUGCCUAUCUUAUCAAAGGAAGUUUUCUACGAAAGAUAUUGCCGCAAUUAUAGGGAAAUCCAUCCAUUACUCUUAGUAACCAUUUAUUUGUUGGCGUUGAACUGGUGGGAACUUGAUGUUAAUGAAUUUGAUGUUCUUGGGAGGUUUAGUUCUGAUGAAACAUUUGCCAAGAGUGCUGAAAAACCAAACAUUAUGAAGCUUGAACUGAUUGCGACUGCAUUAAUGCAAGACAAUCUUUAUGAGGCUCCUAAAUUUUCAUUCAUGCAAGCACUUCUAUUACUUUCCAACUAUAAUUUUCUAAGUAAUAAUAAUCCAUUCAGCACUGGUUCCUAUUGGAAAAUCUCCUCCAUGAUGACCACUUUUUCCGAGGAAAUAGGAUUAAAUUGGCCUUCUGCAGAUUGGGAUGACAUUCCGCUCUGGGAGAGAAAAGUCAGGAAGAUCGUUUCCUGGGCAGUGGUUUUCCAUGAUAAAUUGUACUCCUUAUUUGAUGGAAGACUGAGUAAUAUUGAUUUAGAAAAUAAUUGGAUGUUGGAUGAAUUUAAAUACAAUGAUUUCUUGAUUGACACGGAAAGUCUAAUGACUUUGGAGAAAAAUGACUUGAUGUCUAGCAACAAAAUGUUCAAUUUGAUUACUACUGAGAGUGCGCUAAAUGGGGUUGAACUCAAAGAAGAAGAUACUGAAGAUGUUGACUUGGGCAAAGAUAGUGAUAACAAAUUCAUUUCUAAACUAAUUUUCAUUGAGACGAUGAAUUUAUCGUCGCGUAUGGAUGAGAUUUUGGUGAGCAUUUAUAGCUUAAAGUCUCUUAGAUUUGAUGAUUUUGAUACAAUUUAUGGAAAGUCAGUUCCCUUAGUUGAAAAUCUCAAAAAUUGGUUCAAAUCCUUACCGGAACUGAUUAAAUUAGUUCAUAGAGCUAUGAAUAACAAUUCUAAUCAACAAGAUAUUGGAUCUCUCAUGUUGGUAGGAGGGAAGAAGAGUAAUUAUUUCGACUAUAAAAGCUUCAGUUUGUUAUCAAACGGGUCUUUGAACUUAUUGUAUUACACUUUAGUUUUGUUGAUCUACAAAAGAAUUGUCAGUAAGUAUAUUGAUGUUCUAGAGUCAUAUUUAUCUAGCCCGGAUAAAUCAUCCUUGAAAAUUAAAACUGAAGAAAUUGUUGAUAAGCUUAAAAAAGUCAAACCAGAAGUGAAAGAUUUUUUGAAAUGUAUUAUUUACAAUUUCUUAUUCAAUCUAAAACCUUAUAAUUUAGAAUCGUUCUGGUUGUUGAACACCAGACGGUCAUUUAUUUUCAUUGGAGUUAUUCUUGGCUUGCUUGUCAAAACCGUCAACUUAGAAAUUACCAAAGCUCGAAUUAUUCGUGACCAACCACAGCUGCCAAAUGAUACCCAAGAAGUGCAGGAUCAGUUGGUCCACCUUGAAAAAGAGAAGCAAGAAUUCAUUGCUUAUUACCGAGAUUUCCAUUGGAAAUUGACUACCAUGGCCCCCGAUUUUAACCAUGCCAGAGUUGCAUUACGUUAUUUGGACGAUUUGGUAGUUAUCAAGGACGAUUAUCAAUUUGAGAAGCAAGGUAGUUAUGAAAAUGGGCUCAAAAGACAAAAGAAUCAUUGUGACAGGGAAGCAGGCACUGAUGAUGAUAAUACCACUGUCGAACCACCAGUUUUCAGUUUAUGA